AUCACGAGCAAGUUAAAUGUUAAAUCUAAUGAGAAGAUUGUACCUCAAACAUCGACAAACAAGGAAAAAUUGCAAGAUUCUUCUGUGUCUGAUCAAGCUAAACGACAAUUGUCAUCCAAAGAGCGUAGAAAAUCCAGAACAUUAAGCCCUAGUGAGAUAAGAAUGCUACAUAGUGCUGUAAAGAGACCAGAGAAAGUGAAGAAAAUAGAGCAGAAAGAAGAUAUUACAAUAGAUGCAACAGAUUAUCCUGAUGCACAAGCAGAUUUAGAUCAGGCAGACUAUGAUUAUGAUGAUUUUGAGGAUUAUGAAUCGGACUUUCAAGAAUGCACAGACAGCGAUAGUUCCUCGAUUAGCGAAAAGUCGGAUAGUAGUGGAAACACUUCUCCUUUAGAACCCAUUGAAUUGCGCUCCCGAGAGAAGAAGAGCACGGAAACACAUGUAAAAAUUGAAGAGGAACGUAUGCUCGAUUCGGGACACUACGAUCUCGCGGAAGCGAGAAAACGAGCAGCGCGAGUAGAAUCUAUGCUUGUAAAUCAAUCCAACACGCCACCGUUACUUGAAUUAAGAGACCAGUUGGCAAGACGUUUAGGUUUCAACGAUGACAGACCGAUAGAAAGUAAAUCUUUACCGUCGUCUGCCGAUGAAGGUUUCGAGGAUAGUCGCUCUGGGGACUUUAUUAGAUCCCCGCCAUUAUCACAAAGACCACUUAUCGAGUCUCAUAAACCAAAAGAAAACCAACUUGAAGAGAAGAAAGAAAAACCUCGAAGUAGAGGCGAGGAAUUAUUAGAAAUGAUAAAACUGGAUUUUAUGGAAUGGUCGCUUUUAGAAUGCAGCCCGAUACCUUACGAUGAAUUUAUAAGAAAUUACGGAAAACUAAAUACUCAACAAGUGUUUACUCAAACUGGCGACGAUAAUAUGGACAUCGAGAUACAAACGGACGAAAUACAGUACAAUAAGUGGACGCAAUUUCCCAUAACCUGUAGAAAAGAAUUACGUGAUAAACGAGAUAUAAACUUAUUUAAAAUGGAACAAAAUGGUGUCGGGAACGAUUUAGACGAGUUGGAUGACGCAAGUUUUCCAUUGCGGCCAUCGUAUGACGUAUUACAGUUGAACGAUUUUCUUAAUCGCGCGGGCGCAGUCGUGCUGUCGUUACUGGAAGAGAAGGAACACGGUUGUACCGUUUUCCAAAAUGACGAAAACGGAUUAUCAUUUAGUGAUGGUUUCGUGAAACUCUCUGUACAUUCAGUAACGUUUUUAGCUUCCAGACCGAUUAAAAUUAUACACUAUUCGAACGUCUCAAACAAGAUUCUGCUCACUAUACAUGCUCCUGUAGAAGAAGAGAUUGAAACCGUGAGCAAACAAGAUUACAUUACCGAUUGUUGCAUCGGAUGCGUGUGGAACAUUUCCGAACCUUCGAUGCCAAAGAAAUUAUUCUAUUCGCAAUGCCCAAUUACCACUUGUUGUUUUCAUUUAACGAACUGCGACAUGGUGUUCGCUGGACUCGAAGAUGGAUCACUGAGUCUCUGGGAUCUGAAGGACGAUGAAAUGUGGCAUCAGAAGAUUACGGAUAAAGCUAACGAGUUGGAUUGGAUGAUAAGAACCCCUACUUAUACGACAACAGCAAUUACAGAGUUAGAUGCACACACAUCACAGGUUGUUGCGAUACGCGUCCUAUCUAAAAUCGAGACUACUUCCGCUAAAGAAAGAAACAACAAAUUCGUCCCUAUCCAGAUAUGUAGCUUAGACGAGGAUGGUUAUCUUAUAAUAUGGAGUAUUGUACAUAAUAUGGGUAUAAAUAUCGACGACUUGGGACUCUCUCAUUGGGGUAACAUAAGACUUGUAAAGAAUCAGAAAAUGUCUCUGAUGGAAAGAGACAAAGAGAUAAUGAAUACAUUUAUCGAUAUGCAUGUGGACAGCGCGAGUACAAAUAAUAUUUAUGUCGUGACUAACAGCAUCGAUGUUUUGCAUGCUACUUGUAUCGGUAACAAAACUAAUCCAUUAAUGUACAAACCAACCGAAAUAAGUGAAUGCGGUAGUUCAACUUGCAUCGAUGUCUGUCCUUUCGAUCAAUCAUUUUUCUGGAUCGGUUGUACCGACGGAACGAUUCGACUUCAUUACUUAAAUACGGAGAGACCGAUUGUACAACUGAAAAAUAAACAGUAUAUAGAUAAAAUUAAAACUUUGCAAUGGUCGAAGACGAAACCGCUAACUAUAUACAUCCUGGAUAUAAUUCUCGGUAAAAUUCAUGUAUGGGACUUGAGUAAAAGUGGAUAUCUGCCCAAUACAUACGUUUUCUAUGCAAAAGAGGGAAAGAUAAGUAGCAUACAGUUGUCCCCUUGCAUGAUAGAUCAAGAUAUGAUGAAUCAAUACUUAGCUCUUGGCACGGAAUCUGGUAAUGUAGAAGUACACAAACUGAAAAGGUUCUAUUAUUCGAAAAAAGAAGAAUUUUUGCAAGAACUGAACGUGUUCUCGCGAUAUGUCUCGGUUCCAUAA